AUGACGCCGCCGCAACGCAACGCGGGCGGGCGAGGCGAGGCAAUUAUCAAUUAUUUAAAGGGGCCCGUCCGCCCGCCCCGCGAAGUCGCCGUGAUCCCUAAUGGCAGGGCGACCCGAAGUCCAUUACGCUUGAGCAACUCGGGCAGGACGAGUUGUUUUUUUUUGUGUACCCUUCCCUCUUUCUCUCUCUCUUUCUCUUUGGCUUUUCUGUUGAGGGAAGGGCAGACAGGAUCCCGGUUGGGACAUCCGACACACACACCCCUUCCCCCCUUCACCAUCACGGCGGCCUCCUCGUCUUGUUUCUCUCGUGGUUCAUCGUCUUUGGCUUCUAGUCCCGAUUCUACGGUGGUAAAAGUGUCGGUUUUUUCGAGGUUCGACCCUUCUCACCCUCCCCACAUCACGUGGCUUCGCCUUAUCACCACCCACUUUGUCGGUUAUCGGGCUUCGGCAACAUCCUCGACAAAUCGACAGUGUGUAGCAGGUGUGGCAGGCGUGGCAGAUGUCGACAAGUGGCCCGUUUUGAGGCCCUCCAACCCACCCAUCCACCCACACCCAGACUCGACCAACGACCUUUGCCAAACCCACACUUCCAUGCACCUCGUCUCAUCCGCCCUCUGCGCGCUGUCGCUGUCCUCGCCCUUCCCCCUCGACAUCACCAUCUGACCGACUGCUCUCGUAUCCCCCCCCCCCCUGGUUUCUAUUAUCAAUCGGCCUUAGCAACAUUUUCGGUCCCAUGAUCGGUUUCUCAUCCUCUGCUUUUCACGAUCCUCAUCUCCCGGCGCAACCCGGACCAACACAAACUCCCCUCCGCCGCAGCACACGAGAAACCUCCACCACCACCACCACCACCACCACCACCCCUCCGAGACUCCCUCUCGACACUUGACUUUCGAACUUCGGUCCUCGUUCCACCCCGGGAGCAAACAAGGUCCCUCCCUGUCCUUACGUAAAAGCAAUCACCUCCCCCCAAGUCUCGGAAUGGCAUUACCAUCGCGUAAUGGCCGAAGUCGAUCCCACGACGCCUUGACUCGUGCCAAGGGUGAUCGGGGCCAUAUGACCUCAUAUUUCCCACAGGACGUGACAACCCGACAUGAAGCAAGCGCAUCGGAUCGCGAUCCCGAUAUGGAACGAGGGAGGGGAGAGAGAGAGGAAGGGCCGACACGGAUUUCCGAUGCCGCGCUUGCGCUCCGAGGCGGCUUUGCUCGGCUUCUAGCGGUAUUCUCCGCCCGCGGACGCUGCUCCGAGCCGGGCGAAGCCGUGAGUAAAACUAGACGGUGAACGCCCAACGACACGUAACGAUGUGACGAUGUGACAAAUGUCCCAAGGAAACUCACGACAGCCUGCCUCACUUGACACUUGGCACUCGCCUGUGAACCGUGACCGUGACCAUAUGACAUGCGUGCUAAGAGUAUGAAUCUUGCUA